GCUGCCCCAGCUGUGGGCUUCCACUUUCCCCAUCGCUUCCUGCCACUCAGUACUGGACCAUCUCGCUUCUGGUAAGUCUUGAAUCCUGCUCCUCCCAUCCACAGCUCCUCCAUUUCGUUUCCAUCAUCUCCUGAGCUUUUGCAGAAGAUUUCCCUGGUCCAUGAGCCAGAUGUGUCGCUUUUUGCUCCAGAUGUGCCCCUCCCUCCUCAUUCCUAGUUCCCCUGUUCUUUUUGCCUCCUUAGGGACAGUCAAGAGACCAUUUCACAGAUGCGGUUUCCUCCCCGCUAACCUAGGAAUAGUUUGGAAAAAAGUCGAACCUUUUAAUAUCCUUUCUGCCCUAUCAGAAAGAUCCUUUUCCCUAGCCCUCCCCUCCCUCGUUCUUAAGGGGGAGAUCCGAUAGGUCUACUCGGAAGUAAGCCUCCUUGAGUUCAGCGAGGUUUGCAUACUGCUAAGUAAGUACAGGAGAGCAGCUUAGCAGCGCGAGCCUAUACGGGUCUCCUCGGAAGUAAGAGCGCAGAGGAUGGCAGCGUAAUUCUUACCGGGGCCCACACAGAAGUUAAGUUCCAUUUUGCUCAGUAGGGCACCCUCCCAAGUUAAACGUGCAAUUGAUUAUAUAUUGAUUUUGUAAUUUAUUUAACGGUAUUUCGUCCCGUUGAGCUCAGUGGGUCACCCUCCCAAGUUAAGGGUGCAAUGGUUUAUUUAAUGAUGUUCCACCUCCAUUCAAAUAUUGGAUGCCCUUUCGUUUUAAACCUCUUUCUUAAAAACCUUUUCAUUACUUCUACUCUUCUCAUUUAGACGUCACUUUCUGCAAAAGAGAGAGAGAGGCGUUGAAUUCUAGAGCUGUUCUAACUCCGGAUUUCCCGUUUGCAUUUUGGCUUCUGGUUAAGUCGCUUUCAGACUCUCUCUCUCUUGUGCAGAAAGUCUGAAAGCGACUUAACCAGAAGCUAAAAUGCAAACAGGGAAAAUCCGGCGUUAGAACAGCUCUGGAAUCCAACGCCUCUCUCUCUCCUCUGCCCCACCCGCCGGUUUGAGAUUUGAGCUGCAAUAAAGGCGGUGCCUCUGGGCAUACGCAGAGCGCUUGUCCUCUCGCCGCUGAACUACAGCAGCGAGCGCGUCGCUCUUUUGCGCUCAGGGAGCCGCUCCCUUGUAAAUGGAAACUUACAUUCCCUCGGCUUUACUCCCAUUGGACAAGUUGUGCUUCCACACACCCCAAGCCUUUGCCAUGUGGGGUUUUUCCACGGCUGCCGGGAGGGAGCGGGUGGGCAUUGCGCUCCCCACCCGAGGAAUUUUGCAACCCUCUCGAGAACUGGGAGGCGCCCAGAGUCCAAACGGGGAGAGUUUGGAGCCUGACGCAUGAAGCUGUACUGCAAGAGCGCAGGAAAAAGGAAGGAUGUGUGGGGAGGGGGGGUGUUGGGUGAUGGAAAUAGGGACUUGCCCAAGGGUGGGGCACCACACGCACCCACGGCUCCCCCCCCCCCUUCAUGCUUGCUUAGCUUGUGCCGCUUGCAAACUUUGCGCAGCAACCCUGCGCCACACGCCCUCCUGGCCUCUGGUGGGGAGGCGUGAUAAUGCACACAGAGUCCCAGUAAUUUCGUUUUGUUUUUUUUAAAUAAUAUUUAUUAAAGUUUCAAAAGAAGAAAAAUCACAUUAAUAAAAAGAUUAACAAUAAAAAGGAAAAAUACAAAGUAGAAAAAAGAAAGAAAAAAACAGUUAAAAACAAUUCCAUCUUUUCAUCACUUCUUUUACGUUUACUUGUUUCCCGGACCUCCUCAUACCUCCCUCUUUUGUAUUCCAAUUCAAUUUGUUAAUCCAGCAAUUCCUUUCCCUCCUUUUUAAUCCUAAUCUUUAAUCUUGAUAUAUUAUAACAUUAAAUUUUUACAUAUUAAAAACCAAUUUUUCCAUAUUCUUUUGUACCUGUACAGCUAGAAACCACUUAACUUCAAUCCGACAUCAUUCUAACAUUCAUUAAUUUUGCAAUAUUUCUGUAAAUACAGUAGUCUUUAAAUUUCUUCCAAUCUUCUUCCACCAACUCUUCUCCCUGGUCACGGAUUCUGCCAGUCAUUUCCGCCAAUUCCAUAUAGUCCAUCAAUUUCAUCUGCCAUUCCUCCAGUCAGAGUCCCAGUAAUUUCGUUGCUACUUUAUUAGUAGAGCGUUUGCAUCCUACAUUUAAAGCGCUCUCAUGCCGGUUUUAGCUGCCAUGCCCUUUUAACUUCCCUACAAACAUCCUGCAAACCAGGGGUCAGCAAACCUUUUCAGCAGGGGGCCGGUCCACUGUCCCUCAGACCUUGUGGGGGGCCAGACUAUUAUUUUGGAAAAAAAUAAUAAUGAACGAAUUCCUAUGCCCCACAAAUAACCCAGAGAUGCAUUUUAAAUAAAAGGACACUUCCUACUCAUGUAAAAAACAUGCUGAUUCCCAGACCGUUUGCGGGCCAGAUUUAGAAGGCCGGAUCCAGCCCCCGGGCCUUAGUUUGCCUACCCAUGCUGUAAACUGUAGUUCUUUCAGGGAGCUGAAAGUUCCAUGAAAACAGCCCUGUUCAGUCUUUUAUUAUGAAGGCAAUCCUGUAUUGGGAAGUGUUUUUUUAAUGUUUAAUAUUUUAUUACGUUUUUAUAUAUGUUGGAAGCUGCCCAGAGUGGCUGGGGCAACCCGGUCAGAUGGGCGGGGUACAAAUUAAUGAUGAUAUUAAUGAUAAUAAUAAAUUACCUGCAGUUCCCAGGGUGCCUAGGGGGAAGCCAUGGAAUAAGAGUGUUUUAGAUGGGUGUGAUUAUGUGCCAUCCUCUAGAACAGGGAUGGGAGCAUCUGUGACCUUCCAGGGAUGGGACAACUACAGCUCCCAUCAGCCAAUGGCCAAAGGUGAUGAGAAUUGUAGUCCAGCAGCAUCCUGAAGGGCCCGCAGGUUAGUGGUUGGACCACAACUCCCAUCAUCCUUAGCCACUUCUUGUGCCAGCUGAGGCUGAUGGGAACUGUAGUUCUAUAGGGCGCCAGGUUGCUCCCCAAUGCCCUCAUUUCCACAGGCAACUGGUCCCUAUGCAGUUUGCUUAAGGGUGAGGCAGCAAACCUGUAGGGCGUGGCUGGACCUUGCUAUCUCUCUCUCUCCACAAAUCUAGCUGUCGAGCACAUGUCAUCGGGCCUCGUGUGGUUUUCAUUUGCUACUGCGUUGGGGGGACGGGGGCCCUCCCAGGUGAUGGUGCUGGGGAUGCCCCAAACCGCAAACAAACGGAGCAAAAAUAAUAAUAAUAAUAAUAUUUAUUUAUACCCCACCCUCCCCAGCCAAGGCCAGGCUCAGGGCGGCUAACAGCCAGUAAUAAAAACAAGUUGAAUGAAUACAACUUAAAAAACAAGAUUCAAAUACAACAUUAAAAUGCAGCUUCAUCACAGGAGGAGAAAGGAAAAAAAGAAAGAGGGGGAGGGAAUCAAAUUGACUCCAAGCCAAAGGCCAGGCGGAACAACUCUGUCUUACCGGCCCUGUGGAAAGAAAUCAGAUCCUACAGGGCCCUGGUCUCGUGAGGCAGAGCGUUCCACCAGGCUGGAGCCAGUGUUGAAAAGGCCCUGGCUCUGGUUGAGGCUAAUCUGACUUCCUUAGGGCCCGGGACCACUAGGGUGUUGCUAUUUAUGGACCUUGAGGCUCUCCGUGGGGCAUACCAGGAGAGGUGGUCCCGUAGGUACGAGGGUCCUAGGCCGUGAAGGGCUUUAAAGGUCAGAACCAGCACCUUAAAUUUGACCCUGUGCUCCACCGGGAGCCAGUACAGCUGGAAAAGCACUGGGUGAAUAUGCUCCCAUGGCAGAGACCCCAUGAGGAUUUGAUGCGCUGCCUCCGUGCCCCUUCUGUUUGCUAUCGCACCUGUAGAUAAGGUGGUGAUCUUUUUCUGCACAGCAAGAACACCCUCUAUGCUUUCUCACUCUCUCUGAAGAGGCCAGAUAAGAUCACCACCACCUUAAAAACCCCAUCUAGAAACCACUGCUGUUCUCAUAAAUCAUGACAGAUUCAGGGUGGGUUGUUGAUUCUUCCUUAAGAUUGUGCAAAAAUGAGAACUUGCCGAACUGGAUCUUGAAACGGCGUUGGCUACCACUGCUCACCGUAGUUUUUGCGGCACAGCGCCUUGUAGGUUCAAUCCCUGACUUGGAGAGAACCCUGCCUGAAAUUCUGACAAGCUGCUGGCGGUCAGUGUAGACAGUAGUGAGUUAGAUGGACCACAGCUCUGACUCAAUAUACGCCAGCUUCCUCUGUUCCCAAUUAAGUCAGACCUUAAUCCGAGAUAUACUCGGCCCAGUAUACCUGAAGGAGCGUCUCCACCCCCAUCGUUGUACCCGGACACUGAGGUCCAGCACCGAGGGCCUUCUGGCGGUUCCCUCACUGCGAGAAGCCAAGUUACAGGGAACCAGGCAGAGGGCCUUCUCGGUAGUGGCACCCGCCCUGUGGAAUGCCCUCCCACCAGAUGUCAAAGAGAACAACAACUACCAGACUUUUAGAAGACAUCUGAAGACGGCCCUGUUUAGGGAGGCUUUUAAUGUUUGAUGUAGUACAGUAUUUUAAUAUUUGUUUGGAAGCCGCCCAGAGUGGCUGGGGAAGCCCAGCCAGACGGGCGGGGUAUAACUAAUAAAUUAUUAUUAUUAUUAAUCCGGAACCAUGAGGACUGGAAUCUUACUUUAUUUUUAGGGGAAGGCCUGCAGGCAGCUCAGCGAGAGAGUGGCUCCCUUGAUGUGGGUUGGGACGAGAGAGUAUUCUCUUCCUUUCAUCGCUCCCCUUGCAGCACAUGAGAAGCAUUAAGCCUAAAAUAACACCUCUUGCUGUGACUGCUAAGACUUCUGGUCCUUAACCCUACGGGCAUGUUCCUUCCCAGGAUUAAGAGACCGCACCCUGUGAUCAGCUGGGAUGAGAGAAUGCCACAAGGCCACUCUGUCUCCUGGCACCAGGCCAUGCCAAGAGAAGAUAGCACAAUGGGCGAGUGGGCCUAGUUGCAAGACAAAUCAUAGCUCAGUCGUAAGCCUGCCUGGCCUCUGCCCCCCGGAACAUAGGAAGCUGUUUUGUUGAGUCAAACCAUUGGCAGCGGCUCUCCAGAGAUUCAAACAAAGGUCUCCCCCAGUCUAGCUGGAUAUUGAACCCUGGAUCUUGUGCAUAAAAAGCAGACGCUCUUAUCACUGAGCUACAAGUCCUUCCUUCACCUCUUCUUUCAGAUGGGCUAACGUUUUAUUUUUUAAAAAAAGUAUUAUAAAGCGAUGCAUUAUACUAAUCCUUUUUUUUAAGCAUCCUAAAAGCAUUGGGAAACUCUCCCCCAGAUUGUGAGGAGAGGCAACCAGGUGACAUCACAGAUGCUAGCCAAUAGCCACCCUACAUGCAUACCCUUCCGGGUUUAAACCGAACCACAUUGCAAGCUUGUAGAGCAAGUCCCCCCCCUCCCAGCAAUUGCCUUGGGGAAAGCAAUUGCCUUAUUUUUGCAGUGAAUGUGGUGCUACCAGACUGACAUCCCCACCCCCUUCAUCUAAAUAUUUUCUUUCUUUGUUGCAGUCAAAACAAAAACUGGAACCAAUUUUUAAAAAGAAAAGGAAUAUGGGUAGUGAACCUCAGGCCCAGGAACUAAAUGUGGGCCUACAGCUUCUCUGUCUGGCCCUUGGGACCCUCUCUUUCUCCUGAGCCAUACCCCUUGCCAGACCUUAUUUCCACGUUCCUUGUUUCUGCCUGGCUUAGAAGUCCAACAGAGGCUUCUUCCUAGCCUGGAUGGAGGGUAGUGUACAGAGAAAGUUGCCUAGUGUACAAGGGCAAAAUCCACAUUUGUCACGUCAGCCACUUUUGCCUGUGGCCCCUGGAAGGCUCUCUGGCCCUCAAGCUGAAGAAACGUUCCCCAGCCCUGUUUUACAUUAACAAGUGCAACUCGAACCUGUGCCUGCAGCUCUUUAAACUUGUUCUCUGCCGCUCACGCAGAUGCAGUGAUGCUUAUGGGAUUUUUAUUAAAUAAAAAUAAAGUAAAUGCGUUAGAGAGGUAAAGGUAAAGGGACCCCUGACCAUUAGGUCCAGUCGUGGCCGACUCUGCGGCUGCGGUGCUCAUCUCGCUUUAUUGGCCGAGGGAGCUGGCGUACAGCUUCCAGGUCAUGUGGCCAGCAUGACUAAGCCGCUUCUGGCGAACCAGAGCAGCGCACGGAAACGGCGUUUACCUUCCUGCCAGAGUGGUACCUAUUUAUCUACUUGCACUUGGACGUGCUUUCGAACUGCUAGGUUGGCAGGAGCAGGGACUGAGCAACGGGAGCUCACCCUGUCGCGGGGAUUCGAACCGCCGACCUUAUGAUCGGCAAGUCCUAGGCUCUGUGGUUUAACCCACAGCGCCACCCGCGUCCCUUUGCGUUAAGAGAGGUAGGCAGCAGGAAAGCUUUGGAAGGCCGGCUUUCCCCUCCCAAUCCGUACAGCCUCUUGAACUCUCCCCCGUUCUGUCUUGCCCCUUUUUCAGAUCUCUCGCCAUGGCAGCACCUCUUGACCAAGCUAUCGGCCUGCUGGUUGUCACCUUCCACAAGUACGCCGGCAAGGAUGGCGAUAAGAACACCCUAAGCAAGAAGGAAUUGAAGGAGCUGAUCCAGAAGGAGCUCACCAUUGGACCGGUGAGGAUAGGGGAAAAGGACCAAAUAUGCUCAGAGUUCCUGUUUGAGGACAAAGGAAGCUGGGGGUGCACAGGGACACAUCCUGUGUCUCUCGCUUUCUCUUCCCCCCACCAAAUAAAAAGCUCUGCAAUGUGACCAUGGUGGGGUAGAUUAAGCCGUAUGACCUAUAUCCCCACUGCCUCAAAACGGCUUGCCCCAGUUGCUUUUCUCCCAGAGGGGGAAAUGAUAAUAAUAAUAAUUUAUUAUUUGUACCCCACCCAUCUGGCUGGGCCUCCCCAGCCACUCUGGGCAGCCUCCACAAAGACCAAAAAUACACUAAGAUGUCACACAUUAAAAACUUCCCUGAACAGGGCUGCCUUAAGAUGUCUUCUAAAAGUCAGGUAGUUGUAGGUAGUUCCCCAGCCACUCUGGGCGGCUUCCAAAAAAAUAUUAAAAUACUGUACUACAUCAAACAUUAAAAGCCUCCCUAAACAGGGCCGUCUUCAGAUGUCUUCUAAAAGUCAGGUAGUUGUUUAUCUCUUUGACAUCUGAUGGGAGGGCGUUCCACAGGGCGGGUGCCACUACUGAGAAGGCCCUCUGCCUGGUUCCCUGUAACUUCACUUCUCACAGGGAGGGAACCGCCAGAAGGCCCUCGGCGCUGGACCUCAGUGUCCGGGCUGAACGAUGGGGGUGGAGAUGCUCCUUCAGGUAUACUGGGCCGAGGCCGUUUAGGGCUUUAAAGGUCAACACCAACACUUUGAAUUGUGCUCAGAAACGUACUGGGAGCCAAUGUAGGUCUUUCAAGACUGGUGUUAUGUGGUCUCGGAUACAGAAGGACACCCACCCACCCUAGACCUUUCCCCACAAGUGGAGAAGCAUCUGGGUGGAUGGAGAGAGAGCAGGCGGAUAUGAAUGGGUGGGAAGCGGGUGAAGCAGUCCCUUCAUGACCCAGCAGUCUUCCGCUUUGGGCUAAAUCCUCAAGAAAGGAGCUUUUCAGUUAAAAUUCCAUCAAAUGAUCAGGAAGCCGCAUAGACGAAUUUGUCACGCGAUGGCCUCAGGAAAUGAGAAAGUGUAGGAGAUAAGUCAGGUGCCAGGGCGUGGUCUUGAUCCCAAAAGGAGGAUAUAAAGAACGCCUUCGGUGCGUGUGCAGAGUGAGACUCAGACAGCAUUAGAGGAGCAAGGUGUCACCAACAGCAUCUCCCAUCGCUUUCCCCCACCUGCGAUAAAAAUAAUGCUAUUAUUCAUACUAAACCUUGCCUCCCCCCACAAGUUUCCCAGAAAAUCGCCUCAAAUGUUGAAACGGAAAGCAAAGGCCUUGUUCCACUGAGCAUUCUAAAUUCGUGAUUUCGUUGUCUAUUCCAGAAACUGCAAGAUUCAGAGAUACAGGCAUUAAUGAAAGAUCUGGACCGCAAUGGGGACCAAGUGGUGAACUUCCAGGAAUACGUCACUUUCCUGGGUGCCCUGGCAAUGAUUUACAACGAAGCUUUGAGUUCGUAAAUGUACACGCCGGUGGGUUGAGGCUUUGUGGUUCGGGAUUAUACCUCUGUAGGCGGUUUCACGUCCAAUAAAAUUUAAGUUUUGUAAAGUUUGGCUCCGCAUCCCGUG